AUGGAACAGGUUGCGGCCUCGGUCCAGAUGGCAGAGCCUGUCUUGUUAGUUGGAGAAACCGGUAUCGGAAAGACGACCGUCAUUCAACAUCUCGCAACAUUAAUGCGACAGAAGCUCACUGUUGUUAACUUGUCGCAACAAAGUGAAAGCACUGACUUGUUGGGAGGGUUUAAGCCAGUCAGCAUCCGCACUAUGGCUAUACCGAUGCUGGAUGAAUUCACCCAGCUUUUCGAAUUGACUUUCUCCGCCAAAAAGAACCAGAAGUUCCUUUCUUCAGUGACUAAAAGUGUUGCUUCGGGUAACUGGGCUCGCCUGGUGACUCUCUGGCACGAAGCUGUCCGCCUAGCCAAUGGUGUUUUCAAUCCUGCACCCCCGAAAGAUGCCGAAAAUGGAGACGAACAGCCAGCAAAGAAGAGGAAGCUUGACUCCCCCAAGUAUCAACACUUGCGUCGGCGAUGGGACAGUUUUAAAACCCAGCUUUCCGAUUUCGAGGCUCAAGUUUCCCAAGGUGACGCGAAAUUUGCUUUUGCAUUCGUACAGGGUAAAAUCGUGAGAGCCUUAAGAAAUGGUGAAUGGGUUCUUUUGGACGAGGUCAAUCUCGCAUCUCCAGACACUCUUGAGAAUAUUGCCAGUCUGUUGCAUCACGGAAGCGAAGGAUCACCUUCUGUCCUGCUUUCUGAGGCUGGUGAGGUGGAAAGGGUAUUUGGUCAUCCCGACUUCCGCAUUUUUGGAGCCAUGAAUCCCGCAACAGAUGCUGGAAAGCGAGAUCUGCCACCUGGAUUGCGAUCAAGAUUCACAGAAUUCUAUGUGCAUUCCCCGGACAGCGACUUGAAUGAUCUUCUCGCAUUGAUUCAGAAGUAUCUGGGUGACCUGACAAUGGGCGAUCAGAGAGUCGUCCCUGAUCUUGCACAGCUCUAUAUGGAGACGAAGAAGCUUAGCAACGAGAACAAACUGACUGAUGGAGCUGGCCAGCGGCCCCAUUUCAGCAUCCGAACGCUCGUCCGCGCCCUUGUCUACGUCCUUGACCAUGCUCACGUUUAUGGCCUUCGAAGAGCAAUUUUCGAGGGUUUCAGCAUGAGUUUCCUGACCGUACUGAGCUUGAACUCCGAGAGAUCUUUGGCUCCACUCCUCGAAAAGCAUAUCUUUGAGAAUGCAAAGAAUGCGAAGUCACUCCUUGGAAGAACACCUCGUGCGCCCGAAGAUGGCCACACCUACGUUCAAUUUAAGCAUUAUUGGAUGCGCCAGGGUCCUCUCAUGCCAGAGGAACAGCCCCAGUAUAUCAUAACCCCCUUCAUCGAGAAGAACCUAAAGAACCUAGUCAGAGCCAGCUCGACUCGCCGUUUCCCAGUUCUUCUGCAAGGUCCAACAUCAGCCGGAAAGACGAGUAUGAUCGAGUACCUCGCCAAGGUAUCCGGAAACAAGUUUGUUCGUAUCAACAACCACGAGCACACUGAUCUUCAGGAGUAUUUGGGAUCAUAUAUUUCUUCCGAUGACGGAAGUCUACGCUACCAGGAAGGUGUGCUAGUAGAGGCCCUUCGAAAUGGUUACUGGAUUGUUCUUGACGAGCUCAACUUGGCGCCUUCUGAUGUCCUUGAAGCACUGAAUCGACUACUGGAUGACAACCGUGAGCUUUUUAUUCCUGAAACCCAGGAAGUGGUUCAUCCUCACCCCAACUUCAUGCUUUUCGCCACUCAAAAUCCUGCUGGUCUAUAUGGCGGCCGCAAAGUCCUCUCCCGCGCUUUCCGAAAUCGUUUCCUCGAACUCCAUUUCGACGACAUCCCAGAGAGCGAACUGGAGUUUAUUCUUAAAGAGCGAUCUCAAAUCGCCCCGUCCUUCUGUACAAGAAUUGUCUCUGUGUAUCGGAAAUUGUCGCUCCUUCGCCAAUCAAACCGUCUUUUCGAACAGAAAAACAGUUUCGCUACGCUUCGUGACUUGUUUCGAUGGGCUCUUCGCGAUGCCGACGAUCGUGAACAGCUAGCUGUUAAUGGAUUCAUGCUCCUCGGCGAACGCGUCCGAAACCCCCAAGAGAAGGCCGCUGUCAAGAAGGUUAUCGAGGAAGUCAUGAAGGUUCGUCUGGACGAGGAUGUUCUAUACGGCGACAAAGAACUCGAAAAGAGUGUUCCUCAAAUGGCUGGACUUCCUUCCGGAAUCGUCUGGACUCAAGCCAUGAGACGCCUUUUCGUUUUGGUCUCCAAAGCUCUCAAGAACAACGAACCUGUCCUUUUGGUUGGAGAGACUGGAUGUGGUAAAACACAACUUUGCCAAGCAGUUGCAGAGGCCUUCAAGAGAGAGUUGUUCAUCGUCAACGCUCAUGUCAACCUCGAGACUGGCGAUCUUAUUGGUGCUCAAAGGCCAAUCCGAAACCGUGCUGCAAUUGAGAAGCAACUCACUGAUGAUCUUGAACUCUUCAUCCAUGGCGAGCCCUUGAUGCGCAACAAAGACAAGAAAAAGAUCAAGAUCUUUUACGCAAGAUCCAAAAAAAAUAUUAUUCGGUCCAAUGCACUGUUUGAAUGGUCCGAUGGAAGCCUGAUCACUGCCAUGAAAAGCGGGCAAUUUUUCUUGCUCGACGAGAUUUCCCUUGCUGAUGAUUCCGUCCUCGAGAGACUGAACAGUGUCCUUGAACCGGCCAGAUCGAUUCUUUUGGCCGAAAAGGGUCCAGUCGACUCAAUGGUUGUGGCCGACGGAGGAUUCCAGUUUCUUUCAACCAUGAACCCUGGUGGUGACUAUGGCAAACGAGAGCUCUCGGCGGCUCUCCGAAACCGUAUGACUGAGAUCUGGGCACCUCAAUUAUCUGACGAUGAAGAUAUCCUUCCCAUCCUUUAUAUGAGACUGGAUCUCAAGGAUGAGAAGGUAGCCAGGGCCAUGCUGCAAUUUGCCAAAUGGUUCAAGACAACUUUCCAAAACACAUCGACUACCUCUCUUUCUCUGCGUGACCUUCUUGCCUGGGUUGACUUUGUAAACACCUGCCAGAACGCAGAUACCCUGUUUGCUAUUAUCCAAGGUGCUGCCAUGGUAUUUGUUGAUACUCUUGGAGCCAACCCGGCUGCAAUGCUUGCUGUAUCUCUAAACAACCUGGAAGGAAAUCGCCAGAAAUGUCUCGACAAACUGAGCGAACUGUUCAACGCAGAUGCUUCCGCAAUCUACUGGCAAUCUUCGACAGUCACCCUUGAGCCUGGAUAUCUGCAGGUUGGUCCGUUCUCACUUCCAACUGUUGGUGAGACCGACCCCGACCCUCAAUUUACCAUGGAUGCACCCACCACAAUUGCGAACUCAGUCAGAAUCGCUCGUGGUCUGCAGUCAUCAAAGCCAAUCUUGCUGGAAGGCAGCCCGGGUGUUGGUAAAACUACUCUCGUGACGGCUCUUGCAAAGGCUCUUGGGAAGCCCCUCACUCGAAUCAAUUUGUCGGAGCAGACAGAUCUGACGGACUUGUUUGGAUCUGAUGUACCGGUUGAGGGAGGAGAUGUUGGCCAGUUUACCUGGCGUGACGCUCCAUUCUUGCGAGCAAUGCAGCGUGGUGACUGGGUACUGCUGGAUGAGAUGAAUUUGGCCUCACAAUCGGUUCUUGAGGGUCUGAACUCCUGUCUGGAUCACCGGCAACAGGUCUACAUUGCCGAACUUGACCAAACCUUCAAACGGCAUCCAAACUUCGUUCUUUUUGCAGCGCAGAACCCUCACCACCAAGGUGGCGGCAGAAAGGGUCUUCCCGCAUCCUUUGUCAAUCGUUUCACCGUCGUCUAUGCAGACAGCUUCACAGAUGAUGAUUUAAAGAAGAUUUGCUCCAAGCUCUUCCCUGGAAGCCCCUCUCAUCAGACAGAGCGGCUGGUUGAUUUUAUUUCUGCAUUGAACAGAGCUAUUGUGGCCGAACGUCGACUGGGUGCUGUUGGUGGUCCAUGGGAGGUCAAUUUGCGAGAUAUCCAGCGAUGGCUGCAGCUGGCAGAUCGUGGAGAUUUGCAGAUUCCUACCAAACACUUCCUUGACGUUGUCAUCAACCAUCGGUUCAGGAGUGAAGAUGACCGACUGUUGGUAUCUCAGCUCUAUGAUCGUAUCUUCACCGACUCGGAAAUCGUUCCCAAGAGCUACUAUCACAAUCUGACUCCCGACUACUUGCAAAUCGGCCUAGGAAUCUUGUCUCGUGACCCAGUUCUCCAGCGAUCGGUUGAACCGCAAAUGAAGAUUCUGCCCAAGGAUCUCCAUAUCCUUGAAUCUCUUGUCCUCUGCAUUGACAACUCGUGGCCAAGUAUUCUUGUCGGUCCCGCCGGGUGUGGUAAAACCACCCUUGUCAAGAAGCUUGCUGCUAUCAAGGGUGCAAACCUAGAGGAGCUUGCUCUCAGUGCUGACACUGAUACCAUGGACUUGAUUGGUGGGUUUGAGCAGAUUGAUCACCGCAGAGAAGUUUCCUCUUUCGUGCACGACAUUGAGGUCUUCUUACGACACCAGAUAAUCUAUUCUUUCGCCUCGGGAGAUGUUACGGAGGCCGUUGCUUCAGCCCUUCAGAUCUGCCAACACUUCCAAACUUCCGAAAUCUCACUGGAGACUGUGAUCUCUUCACUGUCAGCACUCUGCCAGUCACACCCUGUUCCGGAACUUCAAAGCUUCCUUGAAAGAGCCCAGAGCUUGUGGGAUCUCAUUCGCCACUCAGACAAGAUGAAGGUUGGGUUCGAAUGGACCGAGGGUGUUCUCACUCGGGCUGUUCAGAAUGGUGACUGGGUUAUUCUUGACAAUGCCAAUUUGUGCAACCCGUCUGUCUUGGACAGAUUGAACUCCUUGACAGAGCCCAAUGGUACACUCAUUUUGAACGAACAGCGGACCGAGGAUGGAUCAGCCCGGAUCAUCACCCCUCAUCCCAACUUCCGACUCUUCCUCAAUAUGGAUCCUCGAAACGGUGAAUUGUCCCGUGCUAUGCGAAACAGAUGUGUUGAGAUCUGCUUCAUGUCGAAUGAAGUCCAAGACACCCCCACCGCGACAGGCCCAUCAUACACCUGCGAGUCUUCUCUCUACCGCCUCCGUCAUAUCUGGAACCUGAACUCUGCCGCGGGAUCUGUCAAAGCCCAAGAUCUCUUCGAAGUCUGCCUAGACCACCUUUCUUCGACAGAUCUUUCAUACCUCCAAAAGGCACCAGGCACAUACCUGCCAUUUAGCACAAAGGAAGGUGAUGCCGACCACCAUUUCUCCGCUGCGUUGCAACGUCAUGCUUCUGCGCUGCAUGACAAUUCCCAAUGGAAACCUCUCAAUGCUACAGCUGGUGAGAUUACAAUCGGCGGGGCGCCUUUGAGCCUUCAAGGGCCAUUGCAGCCUAUCCACCCUCUCAUCAACGAGCCGCUUGUCUCUAUCUCAAAGACGAAUGACUGCAGGUCUAGUAUGACUGUUCUGGCCUACCUUGAGGAAUUUAGACUCGAGGUUUACAGACUUCGUCAAGGCUUGGUCCGUGCCAAUGAAUCUAGUCAGCAGCUCAAGCCAAGUCAAAUGACACGCCUAGAGCGAUCAUUGGCGUCGACUCGAAUUCAAUCACUGAUGAAGGAUUCGACACAACCAGUCGGAAAUUUCCUCUCUGACUGUGGCCAAGCACUGUAUGAAUUCAUCCAAAACUUGGAUGAGAACAGUCUACAGUCUCCAGAGAUUGUUGCUGCGCUCCGGACAAUCACAAGUCUUUGCUGGGAUAUUUAUCGCGUCACAGAUGUGGACCGUGUUGACGAGGGCGAAUUCCAAGUUUACUUGCAAAUUGGUAGACGGGUUUGUACAUCAUUGCUCAAUUCGUCCCCAUUGCUGAAGCCACUGGAAGGAUCGUUGUCCCGUGCACUUGCUCGUUUCCGUGCCGAAUGGGAGUUGACAACGGGUUUGAGUAUGCAGCGAAUGUGGGAUUCAUGGAGACACGUCACCCCUGCUUCCCAUGAGCAGCUCCAAUCAUUGAUUGAGUUGGAGAAGACCGUCUCCGAUUUCACUUCUCUUGCUCUGCAAACACGCGUCGAGUUGUCGCAGCUGAGCAAGAUCUGGGAUUCGUUGUCGACUGCUCAGCGUUUUAUUCUGGACGGCGCGGACGGAGAUGCUCUUGUGCAGGGUAUCAAAGAAACAGUCGCAGAGCUCAGCCACGCAGUUCGACGUUCCGAAUCUGCACAAUACCCAUACUUUGCGCAAGACUUUGAGGCUCUUUGCCAAUAUCACGAUCUCUCGCUUGGUGGUUCGGAUCAAGGCAAGUUCCAAACGGUUGUGCCUCUGCUGGCUGGUCGUCUGGCACGUUCCCUAGACUCGUCAGCUUCAAACAGCCGAGUCCCUGAAAUUCUGAACAGAGUGACACUGUUUUCCGGCGCCGGCGAAAGCUCCCCGCUUGCCAUUGGAGGCGUCCUGUCUCUCUCCUUGUUGGAUCGACUUACAUCUGUUCGCAACACAACCCUGGGCCAGAUGGACAUGUUGCAAGCCGAGAAGCAAGCUCUCACCAAAUCUCUCUCGCAAAGCAGUCAGAACAUUUCAGUGGAUCAGUCUAGCAACCUCAGGCGUACUGUUGCAGCUCUUACUGUGGACCUCCUCCUAGCCCACCGGGAGCUUCUUGACCCCAACAGCGCCGAAGAAGUGAUUGCCGUGCUUCAAGCCAUCGAGGGAGGGAACCCAGUCAAGAUCGAAUCCUCCAUGUCUAUCGCUCUGGAGAGAACUGUUGAAAAUACCCACUUCUUCAGAGAGUUUGCCCAAACUGCUCUCCCAAGUCUCAUCCACUCCCUGACUGCCACUCCCUCGAGUCACGAGGAGAGUAUCCACUACGCUGGUCUUGCUGCCGUUCAGCUAUCUGUUAUGCUGCUUCAACUAUUUGUCCCAGACAAGGCAUUUGACCCCUCACUUGGUCUUGUUGUGCAAAGAAAGCGCCAUUACCAGCGUCUCGAUGAAAUCAGUGCCAAGUCUAACGCGCUUCUCUCCUUUGAGACCACAUUUUCGGGCCAGGCUUCCAACCUGAGAUCUUCUUUGCUACAGACAGAGAUCCAGCAACUGGGCUCUGCUCCGCCUCCCUCAUCUGUCACUCGCCCGGACAAGUCGGAGUUAAGCCUCUUGCAUGGAGAGUUCGCCAACUUGAUCAACUCCGUUCUGAAAAGGAACCCCGAGGAAAUGAUUGCCAGUCUUGAGAAUGCCUCAAGAUCUAAAGAGACCAUCCAGCUUCUACGCGACAAUAUCCAGCAGCUGAGCAGCCGACUUCGGGUGCACUACAGAUCCUACGAUGAUAUGACCGUUCCCAUCGUUCGUUUCCUCCGACUUCUCGAUGUUGGUCUUUUCCUGGGCUCUAGCCAAAUCGACCAGUCUAGCGAAAACAACGAUAUCCAGACACUGAGUAGAAAAACUCCCUUCAUGGGUGGAUCUGUGCAUCCUGUCUUCUCGUUGGCCCAUGCAGAGAAGCAGCCAAGUGCUACCAAUGCCAUCGAGAUGCGUCUCCACGAGCUCUCUAGUGUUUGGACUGCCAAGGAUGCAGACUCAACACUUCUUGAGGUCAAGUCUAGCCACAGUACGAUCCGCCGUAUCUUCGCUGAUUUCCACCAUCUUUGGAAGACUAGACUCAGAGAGGACCAGGAGAAGGAAGCAGAAAGCAAAAAUCUGUACCGCUACCGUGGCUCAUGGGAGGAUGAGGAAGAAGUUAACGAGGCAGAAUUGCAUGAACUCUUCCCUACCUAUGACGAAGGCACUCCUCUUGACCCCCAGGACGUUGGUCGCAUCGAUCCCAGAGCAAUUGCUAUGCGACUUGCUUCUCUUCAUGCCAAUAUUGUGAGCGAUAAGCAGACUGGUGAAGCGUUGUCAUCUCAUGUCAAACAAUCAGCACGUCUGUUAGGUUCGAUAUGGUCUAAGAGCAAGACUUCAUUCUCUCCUGUCUCGCCUGAACAGCUCCUGUCGGCAGUCUUCUUGCUACUUGACGAGGAGAUUGUCGAAGACAACCAAGACAGACAGAAGAAUUACAACUUCUACACUGAUUCCAACUUGGCUGAAGCUAGAAGGCUUGUCAACCUCACCCUGGCGGUCCAAGCCCGUUUUGUUCAAAUCCAGACUGCCUGGCCGGAGCAUGCUGUCCUUGCGGAUGUCAUCAAUUGCUGCUCCGAAAUUCUUGAGUUCAAGCACACCGAGCCUGUCGCGAAGUUCUUGACUAAGGUUGAAAAGCUUCAUUCCUACGUGCAUGAAUGGCAACUGGUUGCCAGCCGGGAAUACUCCGCAGCCCCUCAGUAUGAUGAAAUCACCAGCAUGACUGUCGGUUGGCGUCGUCUUGAGCUCACAACGUGGGCGAAGCUCCUGGAUCUUGAGAAGGAUCGAUGUGAGGACGAUGUCAGCUCGUGGUGGUUUGUUGCUUAUGAAGCCCUGUUCGCAGUGCCACUACAGAUGGCCGAUGAUGGCGAACAUGACAUGAGCGCGCAUAUUCAAGGUGUAAUUUCAACCCUGGAACAGUUCUUCGCUUCCACAACCUUGGGCCAAUUUGGUCGCCGGCUUCAGCUUGUUUCCGACUUCAACGAGUUGCUUGGUGUCUUUGCCAAUGAUUACACUUGUCUGACACCCCUCGUCUCCGCGUUGAAUAAUUUCAUCGCCCAUUUCCGCCCCUUCCAGCCGUCGGUUGACAAGAUCCUACAGGAGAAGCGAUCCGCACUCGAGAAGGAUCUCAAGGAGCAAAUCCAGCUGGCAAGCUGGAAGGAUACCAACAUCGUUGCUCUGAAGGAGAGUGCUAGGAGAUCUCACGUCAAGCUCUUCAAACUUGUCCGCAAGUAUCGUGAGGCUCUCAAUCAAUCCGCUCAGCCAGUCCUUGAGCAAGGUCUUCCAGAUGAUAUGGGAGAUUCAUUCGGAUCUCAAUCAGACGAGAGGACAUUGGCCACUAUUGUCAUCCCUGAAGCAUUGUCCGUCUGCCAGCAGGAGAAUGAGCUCUGGGCAUCCCGAGCUGUCCGAUUCCGCAACCCUGAUGGCACAGCCCACAACAUGAUGAAUCUCUACACAUCCAUCCCCCGUGAAUUUGACAUCGCAAAGGAUUUGGACGGGUUCACCGUGUCCAUUAUCGAAGGCAUCAAAGAGUUUAAAUCUCAGACCCCCAAAACCUUGACUGAAGACAACAAGGACGAUGUCCAGCACCUCAAGGUCCAGAAGCGUCGCCUCUAUGCCGAUACUCUCAAGCAACUUUUUGAAAUGGGUGUGAAGCGCAAUGCUGGAACAAGCGUCAUUGAAACUCAAGCAUCACUCGCUCAGAUCCUCUCCACCUGUGCAGCCUUCGAGUCCGGUACUACAAUCUCGAAAUCUGUCCACAGUGCUGAUUCAUAUUUCCAUCGCCUGUUGGAUCUGUUGCCUCGUGCUCGUCUAGCAUCUCGAAACUACUCGGAAGAGCUGAGCAAUGUUGAGGUUUUCAGAAGCUUGGGUUCUAUCGAGCAUCUUUUGUUCGUUAUUCGUCGACAGAGAGGAGCUCUUGCACCUGCCAUGUCAGCCCUUGGGUCUUUCAAGAAGGUUCUCGACAACAUGCAGAGUCUCUGGUCAACUGGUUCAACCUCGCUUGUCAAGUCCAAUGCUACUGGCACAGAAGAAAGAAACACUUUCGCAAGAACUCUGGCAUGGCUUGUUCCGAUUCUCGGUCUGGCAUCGACGAUCAUUGAGAUCCAUUCCAAGUUCUCCGGUAUCCGGGCGGUUACUAUUCUGAAAGAGCUCCAGUCUACAAAGACUCACGUCGAGGACUUGCUGAAGAAUCUCAGAUCUCUCCCGGAACUUCCAUCUGGUGUCGCGUCCUCGGCCCGAGAAGAGUUUACCAAGCAGGCCCGUUCCUCUCUCGAUCAACUAUCUGCCAAUCUAAGCAGGUGGUCUCAAGAGCGCCCUGACUUGACCUUUGCUCUCAACCAAAUCUCACCGUGGGCCCUGUCCAACAGCAUUGCCCUCGCGCAGCCAACCCAGCAAGGCGAUGUUUCUAUCCAGGCCUUCGAUAACAGUCUUCUCGCUGCAAUCGACAAAAUGCUUGUUGGCCUUCAGCAACUCAAGGACGUCCCCACUGCAAUCAAUUUUGCUGGUCUACUCUCGCGAAGUGACGAAUUCUUCUCCCGAGCAACCAAGGCUGUUCACAUCAAUGAAAUUUCAUCUUCAUUAGUGGCAGUCCUCGACCAGCUGCAGCAUCUACAAGACAAUUCAGCAAGUGGUCUUCCACUUGCUGCUGCACUGGUUGCUAGUGUCCUUCCGAUUGUCAGCCAAUACUUCUACAUCUGCCAAGACCUGUCUCAGCGAUUUGUAUCUGCCCAUCGCGAGAUUUGCAAGACUUCUUACAUCCUGACCAAGACCUUUACUCAAGUCGCGUCUGAAGGCUUCUGCAGUCCCUCCGAAGCGUCACAGGAACAAGGCAAGGAAGGGAAGCUGGAAAGCGGAACCGGACUUGGCGAUGGCGAAGGUGCGGAGGAUAUCAGCAAGGAUAUCGGUGAUGAUGAAGAUCUCUCCGAGCUCGCUCAGCAAGGCAAAAAAGAAGAUGCCAAUGAUGAUGAGGAUGACAUGGAUGACUCUGCCGAUGCUGUCAACAUGGACCAGGAAGAAAUGGAAGGCGAGACUGGUGAUCAUAAGGACGAAGAGGAUGAAGAGAAGGACGACAAGGACGAGGAAGGAGAAGAUGAUAUCGACGAAGAAGUUGGUGAUGUUGAUGAUCUUGAUUCUGGUGCUGUCGAUGAGAAGCUCUGGGACGGCGAGAAUGAUGAGAAGCAGAAAGAGACGGAGAAUGAAGAAGGAAAGGGUCAGGCCGAGGCUGAUCAACAAACUGCUGCCCAAGACGAUAAGAAGGGCGAGGAGGGCCAGAAGGGCGAGGAAGGAGAGGAGGAAGAGGAGGACGAAGAAGAAGAGGAAGCCCCCCGAUGA